AUACACGACUUUUCUCACAUUCGAUUGUUGAUCAUCUUUAUAAAGACUUUUGGUUUUUCGUUUUGAAUGUUUUUUUUUGUUCGCGUUCGUUCAACCAAAAUUUAUCUAAAAAAAUGAUUAAUAUCAAGAUAAUAAUGUUAUUGGUGUUUUUAUCAUCAAUAAUUGAUGCAUUACCAUUGAUAAAAAAUCGUCGUGAAAUAUUUCUACCUGAUCAAUAUGAUACAUGGGGUGAUUAUUGUCGUAUGCGUGAUCCAUUUCAUCCAAAAUGUCGUGGUAUUUCUGUACAACGAUUAAUUGAUUUAUCAUUAGAACAAAUGGAUCCCGAACGACGUGAACAAUAUCGUGAAUUUCUUAUCAGCUAUAUUUUGAAUAAAAAUCCAAAUUUAAUAAAAAAAUUAUUAAAAAAUAAUGAUAUUAUUCAUCGAAUGUUGGUGAUGAACGAAAAUAUCGAACAAAAUGAAUCGAUUGUAUCGUCAACAUCAACGAAUAGUCCCGAUACAUUCGAUUUAUCGAAUGUUUAUGAUCGUAUCCGGAAUAAUCAUAAUGAGCAAAGCAUAAUUUUUGAUUAAUUUUUCUCCAAAUUUUUGAUUUAUUUAUUUUCAUCUAUUUCUAUACUGAUAUAAAACGAGAGAGAGCGAAAAAAUUGACAAAUUAUCAUCGAUAAAUCGAUGAUAAUAAUUUUUUCCUCUAAAAAAAUGUUUUUGAUUCAUUUUUU